AUGGAGGCAGCGAGCUUCGAAACCAACGUGGUGCACCGCAAUCAGCUGCUCAGCGCAUGCGACCGUCUUGGCCACUGGGAGUUGGCCCUCCACCACCUGCAGGCCCUUUCGGCCUGCUGCCUGGAGGCCACGGCCAUCUCCUACAGCACUGUGGGCAGUGCAUGCAACAAGGCAUCGCAGUGGCAAGCCGCCCUCGAUGUCUGCCGUACCAUGGUAGAAUCCAGGACUCAGCGAGACACCAUCUGCUGCAAUGUUGCCAUCACUGCGUGCGCUAAGGGCUCGCUGUGGCCUGCUGCACUUGGGCUCCUACGCGACAUGGACAACCUCAAGGCGGAAAUCGAUGUGGUGAGCUUCAACGCCGGCGUGAGUUCCUUGGCACGACCCGGCGCCUGGGAGCAGGCCGUGGCCCUUAUGGCGGAGAUGUCUCAGUUGGCUGUGCGGCCUGAUGGCACGACCCUGGGUGCAGUCCUGAGCGUCUGUGCGGCAGCGGCGCAGUGGAUGCUGGCGCUGGAGCUUUUGCAGCAGUGGGCUGAAACGAGUCUGGAAGCCGACCAGGUGGCCCUGAAUUCGGCCAUGCUCGCUUGCAGUCAAAGCAGCCAGUGGACCCAGGCACUCGCACUCUUUGCCGGGGCUGGCGCGGCAGCAGAUGGUGCUGCAGCAGCCGCGGCUGCAAGCGCCUGUCAGCGUGCAGCGCAAUGGAUGGCUGCACUGAGCCUGGUGAGUCACAUCCGGACGGCCGCAACCCACACCGGUGCGGAGCCCUUCAACGCGGCCAUCAGCGCCUGCGAGAAGGGGGCUUCAUGGCAAGCAGCCUUGGCCGUCGUCGAUGUCAUGGAGGAAGCUGCGGUGCAGAAGGAUGUCAUCACCUACAACUCAGCGAUCGGAGCCUGUGGCAAAGGCGGCAGAUGGGAGGUGGCUCUGCAUCUUCUUGCGGAGGCGGCUUGGACGAGAGUCGAGCACGAUCGGGUAUCGUACUACACAGCUAUCCAAGCUUGCGAGACCUGCGGCCAGUGGGCCCGUGCCUUGCAGCUGCUUCGGAGCCUUUGGGUGGCAGGCAUCCAAGACCAGAUGGGCGCAGAUAGCUUGGACCGCAGAACCUACGUGCACGCUUUCCAAGCGGGUGAUCCCAUCGACUGCUUCAAGCAUGUGGUGUUCUUGGCCCUGCUGCAGAGCCUCAUGGCAUGGAAGGAGCCCCUGACCGUCGUAGAUUGCCACGCAGGCAGCGGGAUUUAUGAUUUUCGUGGCCUGGAACCUGGCUAUCACAGGAACUUUCAGGAUGGUAUCAUCCACGUGUCGGACGCAGCAACUGCCGCGGAGGGCGAUCACCGACGGGUCCUGACGCCCACAGUCUGCCAAUACUUGGCGUUGCAAAGGCGAACCAACUACAGAGUGUCAGGAGAAGGAGGCCAGCGCCAGCUGCAUCUCUUCGCUGGCUCUGCGGCUCUUGCUUUGCAAGCCCGUCGGCCACAGGACCAGGUCCUGCUGUUCGAGGCCGCCCCAGGCAUCUACAGGGACCUACUUCGGCACCUUCGUUCCCUUGGAGGUCCCACUUCUGCAGAGGACGGCAUCCACACGUUCUGUGAUGACUCCUAUCGAUGGCUACUUCGAGCCAACACCUCGCUCUUUACAGAGAGAGGGGUCGUUUUCCUCGACCCGCCCUACGACUCGGUGAACUCUUUUCACAUUUGGAACCUUUUCAUGGUCCAGUUCCUGAGGAGUGUUCGGCCAGGCUUCGCCGUGGGCCUCUGGUACCCGUUUAUCGAUACCUUGCAGACUGCCAACCUCCAUGCGCGGCUGGUGGAUCUUGGACAAGGCGAUGUGCUUGUGGCCGAGAUGGAGGUCGACCGGCCUUUCGAGGAGCAGCAGUCGCGAUCCGGGGUGGCCCUCCUGGGCGCACCGGCGCAGCUGAGGUUCACGCUGGAGGAGGAACUGUCCUGCCUUGGGGAUCUUUUGGCUGGCAGUCCCUACCAACGGCAGGUCCGCGUGUCUGUGCGCUGGCUAAGGGGAGAAAAGGGCGCGAAUCAGCUCAAAAGGCAGCAGCUCCGCUUCCUCCGACGUGGCCAGCUCCACAACAGAGCCUGCGUGGAGGAGGGGAUUGCAUUGGUAAAGUUCUUGAAUUUGGUUAGGUCGCAAUAUGGGCCCAGCGCAGUCCUGUCGGCCAGCGUGUGGCUCCUCCGUGACGCCGUGCAGCGGAUCCAUGUGGGUAUGACUCCAACAGUGGCUGAGGUUCAUCCGGCGGCUUCCUUCUGCCCAUCAAAGCCCGGAGCGCCAGCGAAGCGCACCUCGGCUGGCGUGGAGAAGCACCACAAAACUAGGAGGGCACCCAGCGCAAGUGAGCCGGUGGCAAGAGAUGCAACGGCCUCGGCGCCUCUGGGACUGCCAAUCCGUGCGCGGAGCGGCUCCUGCGCACUGCCGAUUCAGAGCCGAACAUCGGGGGAUUUGCCCAUCGCGGGGCGCUCCGUGGUUGCCGGGCCGAUUUUGGAACCCCUUGGGAGGCUAGGCGGUCUAAAUGUGGGGCUCCUCGAUAUUGGAACAUCUUUCGGUGAGGUGGAAAACGCUGAGAGGAGAGGGGAGGAGGAAUACCAUAGGUGUUGGCCAGGGCGGCUUUUGAGUCUGUCCGAGUUGGCCUAUCUGAUUCGCCAGUCAAGAGAUGACAUGAGCCUUCGCAGGGGCGCCUGA